AUGGAAGCAAGAAAUCAAACAAGUGCAUCAGAAUUUUUACUCCUGGGAUUUUCCCAAGACUCAGUGCCUCAACCCCUUCUCUGUGGUCUGUUCUUGUCCAUGUACCUGGUCACCGUGCUUGGGAACCUGCUCAUCAUCCUGGCCAUCAGCUGUGACUCCCACCUCCACACCCCCAUGUACUUCUUCCUCUCCAACUUGUUUGCUGACAUAAGUUUCAUCUCCACCACGGUCCCUAAGAUGCUGAUGAACAUCCAAACACGGAGCAAAUCCAUCACCUAUGCAGGCUGCAUCACCCAGAUGUAUUUUUUUAUGGUUUUUGGAGGUAUGGACACGUUUCUCCUCACUGUGAUGGCCUAUGACCGGUUUGUGGCCAUCUGCCACCCCUUGCACUACCCAGUCAUCAUGAACCCACAGCUCUGUGGCCUCCUGGUUCUCAUGUCCUGGUUCAUCAGCUUGUCAUACCCCCUGACCCAGAGUCUGUUGAUACUUCAGCUUUCCUUCUGCACCAACCGGGUAAUUCCACACUUUUACUGUGAACUUGCUAAGGCCCUCACGCUUGCCUGCUCAGACACAUUGGUCAAUCGUAUCCUGCUAUAUAUCAUAACUAGCCUUCUUGGCAUCAUUCCCUUCUCUGGGAUCCUUUUCUCCUAUACCCGUAUCACCUCCUCAAUCCUGAGAAUCCCAUCAACUAAUGGGAAGUACAAGGCAUUUUCUACCUGUGCAUCUCACCUGUCUGUGGUUUCUUUAUUCUAUGGGACAGGCCUUGGUGUGUAUCUCAGUUCUGAUGCAUCUUCCUGGAGGGGCAUGAUUGCCUCGGUGAUGUACACUGUGGUCACCCCAAUGCUGAACCCCUUCGUCUACAGCCUACGGAACAGGGACCUCAAAGGGGCUCUACAAAAAGUUUUGGGGAGAACAAUCUACAUUCAGUGA